UUUGAAGCAACGAACGCAUUUCCGAUCGCCAGCAGUCACGCAGCCGUGGGCCUUUCAGGGGGCCAUGGCCACUAGCGGUGCAGUGCCUCUUGCUGCAGAGCUGCUGCGCAGUUCAGCAGGGCAGCCUCGUCAUGCUCGCGCAUUUGUGACUCCGGGACUGGGACUGCGAAGGGCAGUAGCGCAACCAGGGCCACUGCCGCCGCGCCGUCGGUCGCAGCGCCGCCCACGCCCCGUGCUCGCCAGCAGCACCAGCAGCAGCGGCCAGGUCACCGCUGCCGCGCCUGACUUGGUGCCAGAAGUGAGGGCCAUUCUGUUCGACAUGGAUGGGGUGCUCUGCGACAGCGAGGAGAUUUCGCGGGAGGCGGCGUGCGAAGUCAUGAAGGAGCUGUACGGGCUGGAGGUGGAGCCCAGCGAGUUCAUAGAAUACACUGGCACUGGCGAAGCCAACUUCCUAGGCGGCGUGGCACGCAAGUAUGGCGCCCCGUUUGAGGUUGAAUCGUGCAAGGCCAAGUUCUUUGAGAUCUACAUGCGGUAUGCGCAAAAAACAUCCAUUGCGCAUGCGGGCGCUCGUUCCCUGGUGGAGGCCUGCCGCGCUGCGGGCCUGAAGACUGCCGUGGCAUCCAGCGCCGACCGAGUGAAGGUGGAUGCUAAUCUGGCCGCGUCCGACAUCCCUCUGGAUUUAUUUGAUGCCAUCGUGUCGGCAGAUGCCUUUCAGAACUUGAAGCCCUCGCCAGACAUUUUCUUGGCAGCUGCUGCUCAGUUGGGCGUGGACCCUGCCAACUGUGUCGUUAUUGAGGAUGCGGUCGCCGGCGUCCAGGCAGCACGUGCAGCAGGGAUGCGUGUCAUCGGCGUUUCGACUACCCUCACGCCAGCGGUCAUGCAGUCGGCGGCGCCAGACUGGAUUCAAGCUGAUGUGCUGGGCAUCACUGUGGCAGACAUCCAAGGGCUGAAGCUACCAUCAGGUGGCACCGUUGCCUCGCCUAGCAAUCGCGGCUGGAUGGAGGGAGUCGUCUACUUGCCAGCCGGCUAUCGCACUACGAGGAGGGACCUGUUGAAGAGUGCCUCCCUUGGAGGGGCGUUUGCUUCGCUUUACGUUGGCAUCUCACGUGCCCAGAGUCUGUCAUAUGCCAGCCCCAAAGCGCUGCUGAAUGCGCUAUUCCCCCCAGCCCAGCCACCACCGAUGGAGGACAUUGGUGGCUCCAGAGUAGCGGCCUUCAAGCGCUACAUCGCAGACCUGGAGAAGCGGGGCGGCGGGCAAGUCGUGCCAGAGUUUCCAGCUGGAGUGGAUUGGUUCAACUGCGCGCCUUUGCGGCUAGAUCGAGAGCUGCGAGGCAAAAUUCUCGUCCUCGACUUUUUUACGUACUGCUGCAUCAACUGCAUGCAUGUGCUGCCUGAACUGGCGUCUCUUGAGCGCAAGUACCCGUUGAACUUGGCCGUUGUGGGCGUGCACAGUGCCAAGUUUGACAACGAGAAAGAUUCUGAUGCCAUCCGAAGCGCAGUGUUACGGUAUGAGGUGGAGCAUCCGGUGGUGAAUGACUCGGGCAUGACGCUGUGGCGGGGACUGGGCGUCUCGAGCUGGCCCACGCUGGCGGUGGUCAGCCCACAGGGCAAGCUAAUCGCCAUGCUGUCUGGCGAGGGCCACAAGCAAGACGUUGACGACAUUGUGGCAGCAGCAAUCGAGCACUAUGGCAGGCAGGGCUUGUUGGAUGCCACGCCGCUGCCGCUGGCGCUGGAGCGGGAGAAGGACCCGCGCCUGGCCGCCUCGCCGCUGCGCUUCCCAGGUGCGUGCAAGGCGGUCAGCGACCGUGCUGGUCGGCUCUUCAUCUCGGAUUCGAACAACAAUCGCAUUGUGGUGUGUGACGAGAAUGGCCGCUUCCUGGAGGCGAUUGGGUGUGGUGCACCCGGGCUGGUGGACGGCAGUUAUGAGGACGCUGCCUUUUUCCGCCCCCAGGGCAUAGCCUACAGUGCCAAGCGAGACUGCCUGUAUGUUGCCGACACCGAGAGCCACGCCCUGAGACAGGUGGACCUCCAGAAACAGACUGUCUUCACGCUGGCAGGUAACGGAGCAAAAGGCAGUGACUACCGUGGUGGUGGGUCUGGUGCCUCACAGCUUAUGAACUCGCCAUGGGACCGAUACGUUUAUGUGGCCAUGGCGGGUUUGCACCAGAUCUGGCGUUUCGACACAAGCACAGGUAUCGCCUCCUCUUUCAGUGGCACUGGAUUUGAGCGUUUUCAGAAUGGGCCCAGUGCACUGACCACCGCCUGGGCACAGCCCAGCGGCCUGUCCCUGGCCCCUACCGGCGAUGCGCUGUUUGUGGCAGACUCGGAGAGCAGUACGGUGCGGCGGCUGGACCUGGGCAGUGGUGGCAGCCAGGCCUGUGUGGGCGGCGACGCCCUAUUUGCCGAAAACUUAUUCAGGAAAGAGUGCGCCACUCUGCGUGUUACUCUGCUCUGCAGGUUUGGGGACAAGGAUGGAACCGGCAGCGAUGCGCUGCUGCAGCACCCCCUGGCUGUGCUCGCAGCCCCAAGCGGCAAAGUGUAUGUGGCAGACUCGUACAACCAUCGCCUAAAGGAGCUGGACCCUGCCACCAACACCAUCCGCACACUGGCUGGCAGCGGCGCCGCCGGAUACCGUGACGGCGUUGGCACAACGGCGCAAUUGUCGGAGCCCGCCGGUUUGGCAGCUGGGCCCGAUGGCACCGUCAUCAUCUGUGACACCAACAACUCGCUGAUUAGGACGUACGACCCACGGACACAGCGCCUCACCACACUGGCUCUGAAGGGCGUGCCGCCACCCCGCCGCUCCCCUCAAGGGCCCCCUGCGGGCGACGCCAGCCCGUCAGCAGACCCGCCACCGGGGGCGGUGCUGGUGCAGGCCCCCAGCGCCGUGACGGCUGCCUCUGGCGAGGUGCGGCUGAGUAUUCGACUUCCGCCAGGCUAUCACUUGACGCCUGGAGCCAACAGCAAUUUUUCGGCGGUCGUGCUGGGUGGCGGCGGCGGCGUGCAGCUACGGCCGCCAGCCGGCAUCCUGACUGAGGAUGCCAGCGGCAGCGCUGCCAUCGCGGCCAUCCGAUUCAGCAGGCAGGCGGGCAGUGGCGGCAGUGGCCUGCUGCUGCGGAUCGUUGCAAAGUUGUACUUCUGCCAAUUGGGGGAUGUUUGUCUAUUCCAGGAGCUCUGUUUCGAUGUGCCACUGGCAGAUGCAUCUGGGGCGUCACCAGUUGAUGUGCCUCUAAGCUUUGCGCUGUCGGCGCAGGCCCCUGUGGUUGCCCUGCCCGGCUUGUGAUGCCGUUUGUGCCCCGUGUUCACACCCGCUUUCGCAUUCCAGUGCAUUGUUACAACACAUUUGCUACUGCUAAUAAAAUAAGAC